AUGUCUCGCCCAAUGCAUCUAACCUUCCCAGACCGCCAACAGCUACAUCACCUCGUCCGUCAAGUCUGGCGAUCCGUGGUCGAGGGCAAGGAGUCGUUUCUACCAUGGGUUGAGACCUGGGAUUUGGUGUCGGUCAGCGUUUUGCAACCUUGCUCAGUUCAGCAGACGCCCGCACAUAGCUCGCUCUACUUCAUCGACUCGGUCUUCAGCUGCGUCCUCAACAAGUUCGUCUCCUUGGACGCCGAGCAGACCAUCACCACAACCUCGAUCUCCAAGGGUGUCGACGAUCGAUCCCUCUGUCCAGUUUUGUUGAGGUGGUACAAAGCCAGCGGACUCAGACCCAAGGAUACGAAGGAGCGCAAGUCCAAUGAACCUACCAGUAUCCCUCGCUAA